CAUCCUGUUUGGUUUGCAGGUGACGCCGGUCUUCAUCAACCAACAGAACGGCACUCAGAUCCACACUCAGGCCAUUUCGUUAGACCUCCUCAAGGCUAACGGCGCUCCGACGCUGGUCACCGACAGCAACGGCAACCACUACCUGAUCGCUCUCACCAGUCACACGACAGAGGGACAGAACGGAGUGUCCUCAUUGGCCAAACCCAACGGACGUAUCACACUGCAGAGGUUGCAGUCGACUCCAAGCAAACUCCCCAGCACUGACAGCCAAUCAAAAGAGCCGCCAGAGGCCGAGCCAAACAAAAAGGGACAGAAGGCGGGGCUUCACCUGGACACCAAUGGCGCCCCACAGCCCAGCCUGUCGGUCACCGCUCCGCCCAACCUGCAGCCUUUCUUUGACGACAUUUCAGGCAGUGAAAGCCAAAGCAACUUAAUCUCAUCUCUGAAGAGAGAGGAGGUGUGUCCGCCUUACGACCGGCACACACUGUUCACCCCUCCCUCUCCCAAACCCAACACCUCCCCUCCCACUCAGCGCUCCAAACAGGAGAACGGCGUCAACAGUCAGCAGAUGGACGACCUGUUUGACAUCCUCCUGAAGAGCGGAGAAAUCCCCGGCUUCAAGGCAAACCCGGACCCUUCGCUCGCCCCCCUCCACUCCGACCCUCCCUCCCCGUCAUCUCCUCCAUCUCCCCUCCACCUAUCCCCUCCCACACCCACCUCUCCCCUCAUCUCCCCCCCGCCGCCCGCGAGCGAGCCCUGCACCGGCAGCGUACGCCUGGAAGACUUCCUGGAGAGCACGACGGGCGCCCCGCUGCUGGGUGUGGAGCCCGACGGCGGCCUGACGCUGAUUGACGACCUCCACAGCCAAAUGCUGAGCACGCCCAGCAUCCUGGACCACCCCCCCUCCCCCAUGGACACGUCCGACCUUGGCUUUUCCCCCCACUCCACGGAGCUGGACUUCGGCGACCCCACUCUGGACAGCAUGGACUGGCUGGAUAUCUCCAUGGUAGGGAGCAGCAGCGGAGGGAGCACAGGCAGCCGAGGGGGGAGAGGAGGCGUAGGGGCAGGCGGCGACGGAGACGGGGGGACGAGCCUGGCCCCGCUGGUGCCGCAAACUCCGCCGAGCGUCUUCUCAACCGACUUUCUGGACAGCACGGACCUGCAGCUGCACUGGGAGUCGUGUCUGUAGCGCAGCACACAGACGGACACGCUCUCGCUCACACUGUGUACAGGCGCCGUCUUUAUUUCAUGCACAUAUAGAAACCUUUUUUAUGCUGUCUCUACCACUGCGGGGCGCACUGGCACACGCACACACACACUUACGCCCUGUCGUUCACUGGCUGUUACUGUACGCAGGAUGAAAUCAGAAAAACAUAGAUGGUAAAUUCACAGGAAGGACUUGAACUGAAGUUUUUGAAAUUUAAUUCUGUGGGGUUCCACGCAGCAGACUGUUCACAUCCGAGCUGAAAAAAAUCCCACUUCCUGCGGUAUAAAAAGACAUAGCAGGAAACUCUAGGUCACUGUAACAUUUCAACCCUCGGAGACGGUUUUUAGAUCUGAGGACGGACUGUCGGUCUCCUCCUCCUGAUCACAGAGUGUGUGUGUCAGUGCCUCCUAAACUUUGCACUUAUGCUGAAUCUGAUUGGUUUGAAGGGGGUCGUUCAGGUCAAUAAUCUGACUGAGGCCGAGCGAAAGCCGAAGCAUGGCAACCUGAACCCCACACUAGUCAAAAACCCAACCGUCAGCAGUUGUUUUGAGAUGAACCAUAUCAGUGGCAACAGUUUGAAAUGACGCCUCGUUGGAGGUUGCGUAUUCUUGGUAACAUUAUGGUAGACCACUAUGUAUUGCUGUAUAUGGGGUGUAUAUUAUCAAUUGUCCAUAUGACUAUUUUUCUUUGCUGGUUGCUUUAGAGUCAAGCGAGCCGGCCGGGGAACAUAGGGUGAGGGCGGGGCUUCCAAAACACUUGGGCCUUGUCAUUUUUUAAAGAAAAAAAAGUUUAAAAAAAAAUAAACAUACUAUUAAAAGUCUAAA